UUCAGAAGCGACCAGCCUGGGGCAGGCAGUGUUAGUCCACCUCCAGGGUCAGCCACAUAGGUGAAAGUUCAGGGUUGGCUAGGUGGCUCUGAGUCUAGAAACUGCUCCCAGCUGGGCCACUUCCCAGGCACCUGGUGCUGGCUGGGCAGGGCUUCUUAGGUAAACAGGAUGGGUCUCAGAUCCCUGUGGGAGGGUCACAUGCUGUUCCAGUAGGAGCUCACUGUGUGGUGAUGUGUUAUGACGGAUUCUGAGGCUCAAAGAUUGGCACCAUCUCUGUGUAGUGCGCCGUGGUCCAGCAAUGGAGCGUGGCUCACCAUCCUGCCACAGGACCCCGAGGCACCUGCUCCCUGCCCAGCUGUUGGCAGGCUGUGUUCUCACUGGAUCGCCAGUGUGACCCCCUCAGGCUUUCCAUAGCUUCUGCAGACAGGCAUGCGCCCAGCCCCAGCUCAUGGACAGGAAGUGCCUCCUCCCAGCUCCAGCCAUAGACAGGAAGUGUCCACAGAGCACAGACACUGCCCUAGUGGGCCUAAAGGGAAUACAGAGCGGAAGAAAGAACCCCCUAGAAAUCAGUUAGGCUUGUUGGCUUGCAAACAGCGUGCCUCCUGGCUGUUGACUGGAGGUAUGGCACCCUUGCACUGUGGAUGCCAGCUGGGUCAUUUGUGGGUACCCUAGGCUUUGUGCAAGCCCGCUCUGUGGUGGGCUCCCCUGUGUCACAUCCUCAGACAUUGCCCAGGAUUCCUGGGGCUGGUGUCCCCUCCAGUUGAGAAACACUCUUUAGAACAGGUGACUCUGGUCAUCCUCCAAGCCAGUCUUGUUGCUGCUGGUCAUGGUGGCCUUGGUCCCCGCGACCAUGUCUGUGCAUGUUUGGGCCCUCAGCAUUUAAAUGCAUGAUCGAAUGAACAUUGUCACAUGUCCACUGCUGACCAUACAUGGAUGACAGGAGCCAAGAUGGACAGUGGGUGGCCAUCCUCUUCCCACUGUCCCCAUACUUCCCUUCAGAGCUGUCUUAGGAGGAAGUCACAUGGAUUGUUGCAAAUCAUGAAACUGCAAAUGCAGUGAUUGAGAACAGGCCAGCAGAUGUUGCCAGACUGCCUAGCAACAGUGUGGCAGCUGUGAGUCACAGCAGCAUGACACGGCAACACUCCCAUGGAGGAGAACAGGACCAGAGACGCUGUUAAGUGUCUUCACCACAGCUGAGCCGGGAGGACUCAGGUCCAUCAGCAGGCAGCACCUCCUCUGCUUGAGGUCCUGGGCCCCACCUUUCAGUGGUGGCUCCGCCCACUUGGUGCCUAGUCUGUCAUUGGUGAGUUAGCCCCAGCCUACACCUGCUGAAGGGAGGAUGGCAGCCGGACUGUAUUCCUCCUGGAGCUCUGGGCAGGACCUUCCUGCCUCUUCCAGCUUGUGAAGUGUACAGCAUCUGUCUAUCGGCUUCUGGCCCAGUCUCUCCCAGCUCUGCCUCCGUGAUCACAUGACUUACUUGUCUGUGUGAGAUCUCCCUUCACCUCGGUCUUCUGAGGAUGCUGGUAGCUGUAGAACAUGAAUACAGCCACAGCUCCAGAGCCCUGUCUCAAUGAAGACAGUGACUUUUGAAUUCAGGCCCCAGGACACAGCUGUCUCUCUUUCUCUGGGGACCUCUCAGCCUCCCAGGACCUUGGGAAAGGACAGAACCCUCAGGUCUCAGCCACAAAGUGUACCUGGCACCGGGAACCUGGGGAUGGCUCAGAGAGCCAGGACAGAAAGCCACCAAGCUUCAGGAUGAGGCGCAUGCAACCUAGAGCCUCAUGAUACCAUGACUCCAGUCCACCUCUGCCAGGAAUGCCAUACGGCAGCCGCGAGAACUCCCUCCUCUACUCCGAGAUCCCCAAGAAGGUGCGGAAGGAGGCCCUGCUGCUGCUGUCCUGGAAGCAGAUGCUGGACCACUUCCAGGCCACACCCCACCACGGUGUCUACUCUCGAGAAGAGGAGCUACUGCGGGAGCGCAGGCGCCUGGGCGUCUUCGGGAUCACCUCUUACGACUUCCACAGUGAGAGUGGGCUCUUCCUCUUCCAGGCCAGCAACAGCCUCUUCCACUGCAGGGACGGCGGCAAGAACGGCUUCAUGGUGUCCCCUAUGAAGCCGCUGGAGAUCAAGACCCAGUGCUCCGGGCCACGUAUGGACCCCAAGAUCUGCCCCGCAGACCCAGCCUUCUUCUCCUUUAUCAACAACAGUGACCUGUGGGUGGCCAACAUCGAGACCGGAGAGGAACGGCGACUAACCUUCUGUCACCAGGGCUCAGCCAAUGUCCUGGACGAUCCCAAGUCUGCAGGUGUGGCCACCUUUGUCAUCCAGGAGGAGUUUGACCGCUUCACCGGGUGCUGGUGGUGCCCCACUGCCUCUUGGGAAGGUUCUGAAGGCCUUAAGACGCUGCGUAUCCUGUAUGAAGAAGUGGAUGAGUCUGAGGUGGAGGUCAUCCAUGUGCCCUCCCCUGCCCUGGAGGAGAGGAAGACUGAUUCCUAUCGAUACCCCAGGACAGGCAGCAAGAACCCCAAGAUCGCCCUGAAACUGGCUGAGCUCCAGACGGAUGGACAGGGCAAGAUUGUGUCCAGCUGCGAGAAGGAACUGGUACAGCCAUUCAGCUCCCUCUUCCCCAAGGUGGAGUACAUCGCGCGGGCUGGCUGGACACGGGAUGGCAGAUAUGCCUGGGCCAUGUUCCUGGACCGUCCCCAGCAGCGGCUCCAGCUUGUCCUCCUGCCACCAGCCCUUUUCAUCCCGUCCCCCGAGAACGAGGCCCAGCGGCAGGCAGCUGCCAGAGCCGUCCCCAAGAACGUGCAACCCUUCGUCAUUUACGAAGAAGUCACCAAUGUCUGGAUCAACGUCCAUGACAUCUUCCACCCGUUCCCGCAGGCCGAGGGCCAGCAGGAUUUCUGCUUCAUCCGUGCCAACGAGUGUAAGACUGGCUUCUGCCACUUGUACAAGGUCACCGUGGACCUUAAAACCAGUGACUACGACUGGACGGAACCCCUCAGCCCCACAGAAGAUGAGUUUAAGUGCCCCAUCAAGGAGGAGGUUGCGCUGACCAGUGGCGAGUGGGAGGUCUUGUCAAGGCAUGGCUCCAAGAUCUGGGUCAACGAGCAGACAAAGCUGGUGUACUUCCAAGGCACAAAGGACACGCCCCUGGAACACCACCUUUACGUGGUCAGCUACGAGUCGGCUGGCGAGAUCGUGAGGCUCACCACACCCGGCUUCUCCCACAGCUGCUCCAUGAGUCAGAACUUCGACAUGUUUGUGAGUCACUACAGCAGCGUGAGCACACCGCCCUGCGUGCACGUGUACAAGCUGAGCGGCCCUGACGAUGACCCGCUGCACAAGCAGCCACGCUUCUGGGCCAGCAUGAUGGAGGCAGCCAACUGCCCCCCGGACUACGUGCCUCCCGAGAUCUUCCACUUCCACACCCGUGCCGACGUGCAGCUGUACGGCAUGAUCUACAAGCCGCACACCCUACAGCCAGGGAAGAAGCACCCCACUGUGCUCUUCGUCUAUGGGGGCCCUCAGGUGCAGCUGGUGAACAACUCCUUCAAGGGCAUCAAGUACCUGCGGCUGAACACGCUGGCAUCCCUGGGCUAUGCCGUGGUGGUGAUUGAUGGCCGGGGCUCCUGUCAACGGGGCCUGCGAUUUGAGGGGGCCCUGAAAAACCAGAUGGGCCAGGUGGAGAUUGAGGACCAGGUGGAAGGCUUGCAGUACGUGGCCGAGAAGUAUGGCUUCAUCGACCUCAGCCGCGUCGCCAUCCACGGCUGGUCCUACGGUGGCUUCCUCUCGCUCAUGGGGCUCAUCCACAAGCCACAGGUGUUCAAGGUAGCCAUUGCGGGUGCUCCCGUCACCGUGUGGAUGGCCUACGACACAGGGUACACAGAACGGUACAUGGAUGUCCCUGAAAACAACCAGCGAGGCUAUGAGGCAGGGUCUGUGGCCCUGCACGUGGAGAAGCUGCCCAACGAGCCUAACCGCCUGCUCAUCCUCCAUGGCUUCCUGGACGAGAAUGUCCACUUUUUCCACACAAACUUCCUCGUGUCCCAGCUGAUCCGGGCAGGGAAGCCAUACCAGCUCCAGAUCUACCCCAACGAGAGACACAGCAUCCGCUGCCCCGAGUCCGGGGAGCACUACGAGGUGACAUUGCUGCACUUCCUGCAAGAGCACCUGUGACCUGUGACCUCCGACCUCUGCCCUGAUGCCGCCGCUGCUUUUCUUGCGUAUUUGUAAUCUUUUAGUUUUUGAAGCUUUCGAUUUGUUUGCUUGCUGCUGCUUGGGGCCCAGGACAGAGGCAGUGGCGGCCCCCAUGCUGCCCUCCUUGGGCUGGUUAGGAGAAGACCAACACCGGGCCCACAGCCGCCAUGGGGGAUGCCACAGCCCCAUACUUGCAGCACCAUCCCAGCUCAGAAGCAUGUGCCGCCCCGCCGACCCCCGCUGCAGAGUCGUGUGUGUUUGGGGAGCAUUUUAAAUAAUUAUUUAAAAAAUAGGAAGCAAGCGGUACCGAAAUGUAAAAUUGGAGGUACGGCACUGGGCGGCUGGGGACACCACGCCCUCCUGACGCCCAGACUAUGUGGAGCUGCCAAGCCCGUGUCCGGGGCGUCCUCUGUCCUGCCUGUCUCUGCCCAGUUCCUCCUCAUGCACCACCCGGGGGUGCCAGGGUCGGGAGUAGGACCCAUCCUGACCUCAGGGUUGUAUCCCUUCCCUGCCCCCCUCCCACCAGAGUUUGGGCAUAAAGAAGUAAAAAAAAAAAAAAAAAGG